AUGGUCCUCGUCACUCGUGCGGAACACUUCGACGGUUGGGACGUAUUCGAAUACAUUGAAACAGACGACGAAGACGACGACCAUCUGGAGGCUCCUAGCUUUGUCCCGUGCACGCGAAAGCGCCAACUGUUUGUGGAUGCGACGGACAAAAUGCGGCUUCUGAAGCUGCGGAAGGGAUCUGGUGAUGGACAAGCCCCGGCAAAGGACACAGGCGUGACAUUGCUCGAAGAGGACCAUUUUGCGACUACAUCAGCAUCUUUACUGAAUGGCAGCCACGUGAACCUCAUGAGCAGAAACGAAGCCACGUGCGAGAAACUAAGAUCUCCAUCCUCGGACCUGGUGCCGAACUUAAACAAGCAAGCAGAUGUAUCAACGACGGUCGGCAACAAGCCAAUCACCCAGACUGAGACAGCACCGACUUCUGCCACAGCUAUGACACAACCGCAGUCCCGAUUCCUAAAUCUACCUGAUGACCUCAUCUACCAUCUUUCCGACCAUCUGACGUACAAUACCCUCCUCGCUCUCCGCUCGACCUGCCACAAAUUACAUAACGUCCUCACGGUCGAUCACGUCACCACCAUCCGCACCCGCUUUAUCCUCAACUGUCUUGCCGACGAAGCUGUUCAGCGAGCCGAGUAUCGUCGGAUUCACCCACGCUACGGCCGCGACACCCUGUGGGACCUCUUCUCUAUAGCCUUUGAGUGGCAGCUCCUUGAACGACCUGUCAGUGAGUUGCGUUGCUAUGGCUGCCUAGAGGUCAAGCCACUGCGGAUGUUCGUGGAGCGCAUGAGCUGCAAGGGCACAGGUCUAGGUGGGCGAUUGGCACGGCAAAGGAGGUGCAAGGACUGUAUGCGCCAGCACAUGUUCAUCGCCGGGACUUGGUGGCGCGAGCAUUGGCUACGGCGGAGCGAAAUGGUGCGUCGGGCGGGCGCUGUGGAACGCCAUGUCAGCCGUCUGGUUCGUGGCAAAUCGUUGCCCAAAGUGGCAAAGGGCGAAGAGGUUGGCAUCUGCGUCGAAUGCGGCACCGGCCAGUUCGAGUUGUACUGGGGCUGCGCAAUGUGUUUCGAGAAAGAACAACUGACUCGACGACGGGAAGAGUGGUCCAUGAUGGGAUUCGAAGACACGGAGGAGCUGGAAGGUUGGGUCAAAUGGGUGCUCCAGAAGCAUGAGUCGUGGACAGGCAGAAGGGAUAAGCGGAGGAAACAACGUUUCGCGAGACGUGCAGAGUCUGGUGGGAAGUGGUGGAACGUGCGACGGUAUGCCGUUUGGAUGGGGAUCGAUGUGAGAUGGAAGGGAUCCUGGGCCGAAAGAGUCGAGAGCCUGGUUGAUCACCUCGAGGAGAGCUAUCAGCGGAGAGCAGCACAGCGACUGCAAGGAAGCUCCGGAGCCGGACAUUCAAUCGUUGAGGCAGGAGGCGAAGAUGCGGCUGACAGCGACGAGAUCGACGGCCGUCACCCUCCUUCCCAAGGCGAACUCAUCGAGAACAGCCAGAACCCACCCAGGCGCGAUUGGCGACCAACAGACGAGAUCACGGACCCCACACACCCAUUCUACAACAUCGUCCACCACCGCGCUAACGAUCCCGCACUCAACGCCACCAACAAGAAACCGCGCGACAGGUUAGAAGUCCGGUGUGCGAUGUGCUGGACGCCUAGUUGCAGACGACGGAGAUGCCUUGGCGGCCUUGUGAGUGCGUGGCGGAAGCUGGAGCUGGAGCGCUGUUGUGAGAUGUGCCAGGCGGAGGAGGCGAUCAAGGCCAAGCGGCGGGGAAAGAAGGAGAAAAUGGAAGAGCGGAAAGGUGUAAUGGAGCUGGACGAAGAGGUUGGACUGGAAGGUCUCUUCGCGGAGGAGCAAGAGGCGGCGUGA